GGUAGCGCAUGCGCAGUGACGUAUCGCGGGCACGUUCGAGUGGUUUGACGGCGCUUCUCCUGAGAAAAAUAACAUUUUUCACGUUUGUGUGUUGUGUGGUGUACAACAGAAGUCGGCCAUGUCGGUAAGCGACAUGUUUUCCUACAUUCAAGGCUUCCUGAGCGCAGACCAGGACGUCCGAGAGGAAAUCCGUAAAGUGGUACAAGUCUUGGAGCAGACAGCCAGAGAGAUACUGACUGUAGUCCAAAGUGUGCACCAGCCGUCUGGAUUCAAGGAGAUUCCUGACAAGUGUACAAAAGCCAGGGAGUUGUUUUGGACGGUCCGCACACACAUUGCUGACUUGAAGACCAAGUUUCCAGUGGACCAGUACUACAGGUUUCAUGAACACUGGCGCUUCGUCCUGCAGCGUUUGGCUUUCCUGGCGGCCUUCGUCGUCUACCUGGAGAGCGAAACCCUCGUGACUCGAGAGGAAGUGGCUGAGAUUCUGGACAUUGAGGUGGUGCGAGACAAAGGCUUUCACCUGGACGUGGAGGACUACCUGGCGGGGGUGCUGAUCAUGGCUAGUGAACUGUCGCGUUUGGCCGUCAACAGUGUGACAGCGGGCGACUACAACCGCCCGCUCCGCAUCUCUAACUUCAUCAACGAGCUGGACUCGGGCUUCCGUCUCCUCAACUUGAAGAACGACCCACUUCGCAAACGCUACGAUGGCCUCAAGUACGACGUGAAGAAGAUCGAGGAGGUGGUCUACGACCUGUCCAUCCGAGGCUUGGCCAAGGAGCCUGAGCACGGGGGAGGCAAAUAAGAGAUUGCCCUGAGGGGGAUUUGGAUCAAAGGACACUACCGCACCUGGAAGUCCAAAACCAGGUUCUGACUGAGGGCCCAGCGGUCAAAGACAGAUUGUGCGUGCGUGCGUGUGUUAAUCAGUGCUCCAGUUCAGGGGUGUCCAUACUUUUUCCAACAAGGGUCGGAUACAGAAAAACUGAAGAUUUGGGAAGGGGCCACUUUAUUUGAAUCCUUCACUUUUGUUUAAUGACAGCAAAAGCAAUCCAAUGUAGGACUGUACUAAUAUAUGAAUCAGGUCAGUAUAUUUAACACAGAACACCCUACAGCUCAGCUUUCUGUUUUUAAAUUGGGGGAAAAAGUCAUAUGCCACAAAUGCCUCCUGGGGCGGUCUUUGGGCAGCCUUGUUCUUGUGGGUGUGCAAGGCCUGCUGUGGAUUGGCGCCCUCUGCAGGUUUUGUUCUUAAAAUUCUUGCUCUGCUGUCGACACGAGAUUCAUGAUUGUUUCAUUGGAAAAGAUGUCUUUUUUUUCUUUUUUUCCCCCCCUGUGACUUUAUUUGCAACAAAAAAGAAACCAGUAAAUAUCUGACACAAUAACACUGUUUGUUCCCGCAGUUUUUGUUUCCUUACCAAGUUGUAUCAGGCUUUCAUAAAGGAAUAGCUUAAGAAAUGUUAGAAAGCUGCUCCUUCAAAAGUGGACCUGAUGUGGUGUUCUGCAUGUGCCAUCACCUUUGCGUGUGUUGUUGUGUUUUUACAGUGAUCAGUUGUCACGUUUUUGAUCCUGGAGUGUUCAGUGUGUGUACCUUCCUUAAAAUGUAAAUGUAUUAUGCGCGACACGGCACGGUUCAUCUGUCUGUCUUCUGGCAUUCACAACACAAAUAGUCACCAAAAAAACAACACAAUUUGAAAAUGUUUUUAAUAUGACUCACAAUAUAUUACAUCAGGAAACAAUACAGCAGGUCUGAUUUGAAAUGAGAAUGGGGGGGGGGAGCACAGCAGUGUUGGUGUGGACACAGUGAUUCGCUACCUUGGUCAGUCACCCUUCAAAAACACAAACGACAUCAGAUGUACUGAUGGAACGAGUGUUGUGCAGAAUGCAAUCAUGUAAACGCUUCUAUCUGGAGCAUUCAAUAAAGUGCUAUAAACAAAAUAAAGCUUUCAUGACUUGAAAUAGUGAAUAUCGCCUGAAGACUGAAAGUGGACCAAAAGGGGGCAGUUUGUCAAAAUGCUUCAGUGAGGCUUUGCAAAUGUUGAAGUUUGAACGAGCCAAGGCACAUCAGCUCAUACGUUAGACACAGUCAAGGCGUUCUUUUGAGCAGAGUUUCUCAACCUGACCACAAACUCUUGAACACUUAGGCACAAAAUAAACGAUUAGCUAAUGAGCUGGAACAAACGUAAGGCUUUUGUGGUAGCGUUGCAAACACACUGAACACCGUCUUUGGGUCCUGAAGAUACAAUGUAAUCCUAACAGCAGCGCUGAUGGCAGAACAUAAUGCUUUUAUUUAUUACUUCCCUCUUUUGAUUGGAAAAACAUAUCGAGGGUUUACGUAGAGUCUCAAGCCAGAAAUUGAUCUGAUUGUCACCUGACCUGUGGAAAGCUGCCAAACGCUCCUCGACACUGGAUGACAAACGAGACUUGAAAUCAAUUGUCCAAAUGAAAUCCAGUCAAAAGUAGGCGGACUCCGAAUCGGUUUGAAACUGUUUCAAUUCACACAGUUUGGGCUCAAUCCAGAUUUGCUGAUUUGACAGUUGCAUAAUUUAUUCAGAGGAUGGAACCAUACCAAAACCAUGUACUGGUUGAUUUGGUCUGCACCCGAGUUGGAUUACUGUGUUCACCAAUAACCAAAUGGACCAAACCAAGGAACACAAGCUAGUGCUUAUUCGAAACAGAUGGGAGAUAGAUAGAUACGGUCUAUGAGAAAGUGUGGCUGAGUUCUGGACAAUCAAAAGUGAGUAGGCUGACGAGGAAUCAAUUUGAAACGGUCUCAAUUUUCACACUGUAUGCCUGGCUUUGGGCUCAAUCCAGAUUUUCUUAUUUGACAGUUGGUUACUUUGACUGGAGGCUGGAACCAUAUCAAGACCGUGGACCGGUUGAUGUGAUCUGGACCUGAUUCUGAUUAGGAUGUGACCCAAUGAACCGAUUAUCAAAGGGGAAAACAAGGUAGUGUUCAUUCAAAGUGGGUCGGAAGGCUUCACACUCGAGACUAGCUACAGUUCUGGGAUACAGAAAGUAUUGUUGGAGAGAUUAUUGAGGCUGCUCAGUGAUGUGACUUUUUGUGCAGCCUCCCUAAUGCCUUUUGACCUGAUGGUACUUGUACAAGAUGCAUAAGAGCGUACAUCGAAUAUGGGGGUAAUAAUUAAAUCUAACAAUGUGCAGAUCAUAUAAUGUUAUGUCACAAACAGAUAAAUAAGGAACACGCACUGUCACGAUCAACAUCAUCUAAUUUGAUGAUGGCGGUCCAUUAGACAGACAGCAGAUGAUACCAGCGAGCCGCUCUUAAAAAAAAAAAAAGACAUUUCAUACAGACUAAGGUUGAAAAACUCUGCUGAACAACAAAAUGAAACAUGACAUGACUUGACUUGGAUUGCACAUAAGAGAACACAGACUGAUUUUAGGAGUCCACCAACAAUAAGCAGGAAAAUGACAGCAAAGUGAGUCUUGGGGAAUAAAGCGGCUACGCGUACUGGAACUGACAGAUUAUUGCUGUAAGGUGAGAUCUUGCUUCAACAGUGUUUCCAUCCAAGUCUCUCCCAGAUACUAUCAAAUCUGUGGCAGUGAAUGUUGCUCUGCCGCCAGAGUGCACUAGGUGGCGGCAAGUACACAGGAAGGGGGGGUCACCACAAACAGGAAACACACAAACCGCUAGCAUGUCUGUAAACUCCAGUUAUCUCCAUCACAGUCUGGUAUAAAAAUGUUCAGUCAUGCUUCCCAGCAGACACACUAGUACUGAAAAUACAACUCUUCUUCAUGAAGGACAAAACAGUCUUUACAAUCAUGGCCGACACACAGCCCCAUUUUUUUUGGUUGUCCAAGUAUCUGAUCAUUUUUUAAAAGUAGGUCUCCACAUGUGAUUUCAUGACUGCGUGGAUCAGCUACAGCUUUGUUUAAAAAAAAAAAAAAAAAAAAAAUGUGCUAUUGUCCUCUUUUUCACUGGACAGAGGCAGCAGCAUGGCUCCAAAGUGCAGCUUUGCAGUUUGGGGUUCUUUAUCGCAAAGGGAAGGAAGGCAGUCAGAUGGUUGGUCUCAGGAGCGACUCUGGUUGGUGUUGAUCAUGAUGUUGGGCAAAGCGUUGCGUCUUUUCCUCCACGUUCCCAAGUCUCGAGCAUAUGUCUUUAUCUGAUGGAACCAGUGCUGAGUGCGAGACUUAUCUACGGCGCGGAAAACAAAGGACUCUCGUCGAAUGUCGAGCACCUCAAAGGUGUCAUCGCAUUCUGGGUCCAUGGACACCACGCAGUUCCCCAGGUGGAUGGGCUCCCUCAUCACAGCGAAUUUCCCACUGCUCUUGUCCUUGAUAAGAACCAGCACACCGUCUUGGAUGCUUUCUCCACCACCUUCGCCCAGCUCGGCGCUCUGUCCCUGGCCUUCUACAGCCCGUUGGGUCCUCACCAUCAGGAGACUCUGGACAUUCUGGAACUUGAGAGCCUUGGCGCCCUUUUUCACCCACUGGCCAUCUGCUGGUUGGGAUAGCUGGAUCGGCCCCUCCAUGACAAAGCGGGUGUUUUCCCUUGCCCACCCUACCGUCUUCAUCGACACUUCUCGCAUCUCAAUAUUGAUUACUUCCCGAUUCUUCCGGCUGUCACGGCGGAAAGAGCGGAGCGACCACGAGACCCCGUUGCCUUCCUGCUUGGUCUUCAUGUUGAUGUGCUCCAGGUGGGAUUCCACGCGACUCUUGGCCUCACGUAGACGUGCAUAUUCCGAGUGGUUUUCAGGAGUGACCUUGAUGAUUCGGCUCAGUAGAAGCGGGUAUUUUGUGACACGUUGGAGGGGCGCCAUGAGGAAGGAGCGCAGGUUCAUUCGACGCAGUGCCGUGUUGUCGUUCUGGGAAACAUCCAGGAAGAUCCUGAAAGAGAGAAAACGCACACUGUAACUCCAAGAAUGUGUUCUGGCAAUACGUGGGACAACGUGACUCACGGAUGAGUUUUGGCUCCGUCUAAAAAUAGGAAUCACUGCAGCUCAAAAUAGAGGAUCAUCUGAAUUAGUGAUAACAUCCUGUCUUUUCCAUGAAGAAUUACACAGAAUAGAUGUGGUGGAAACCUGAAAACCUCUGCAGUGACUCUUGUAUCACACAGAUUCUAUCACAAAAGCAAAGAAUAAUCGGUGCACAUUGCAAGUACCUGAGCAGCUCUUUCUCCUUCUCCAGCGCGUUGAGCAUGUUGACUGAGGUGGACUGCUGCAGACAGUAGGUCUGGAAGGCUGGCAGCAUGUUGACAAACUCCAGAAAGAUCUCGCCGAUGGACACCGUCAGCAGAUCCUCGUCUCCCUGAGGUCAAAUGUUAGCUGGGAGGUCAACAACCAGACUUGUGACUAAAGUACUUGUCUCAGCAUUUUACAUCAAAGUCCUCUUUGGGUUAGUGAAAUCCUAGAUGUGGUAUCUGCAGUAUCCGGUCUUAAGAGCAUAUAUCAAAGAUUUUAUCAAUGGGGAAGUUUGUUGUGUCAAUUUUUAUGGAAAACCAAAAUGACUCAUUCAAAGAAGAACAGAGCUGAUGAAGAGAUGUUGCACAAGGGCUCACCUGGUCGAUGGCCUGGUCGAUGCUGUCUUGAAGGUGCUCUGUGAAGC